CGCAGCUGAGGGGUUCAGAGAUGGGGCCAGGCCUGGGACAGCAGCUCAGCACCUCCAACACACCCUCCAGUAGUGCCCCUGGCUCGCCUUCAUCAUUCUGGACACCGGGGCUCCGGAGGCAAGGGCGUAGCCCCGGUCGCCCACGUCCUCGAGGUUCGGCACCGGGCACCCACACGCCCAACAAGGCCCACUCGGCCCUCGCCCUGGAGGCCUUCAGGUGCCCGGCGUCGGGCCACGCCGGCCGCCUGUGGGAACAGUUGCGGCAGUUCUGGGUUGACCACUUCUCGCGGCGCUUCUCGCCGCGGCGCCCGCCGCUGCGCCGCAUCUCCUCCAUGUCCACCUUCUACCUGCUGGACCACCGGACGCGCCAGGCCGAGCUGGGCCUCAGCUACGGCGCGCCGCGCACGCGCCUGAGCGACGAGGACUUCGUGUUCCGCAGCGGCCGCUGGACAGCCGAGGGGCUCCCCCUGCGGUCGGGGCCGCCGCUGUCCCCGCCGACCAUCUCGGGCUGGGAGCCGCCGGUGCCGCGGGUCAAGAGCCAGGUGUUGCUGGAGGAGAACAACUACUUGAAGUUGCAGCAGGAACUGCUCAUGGACAUGCUGACUGAGACCACGGCGCGCAUGCACCUGCUGGAGAAGAAGCUGGACACCGAGGCCAACCAGACGACGGCGGCCCGCGCCUGGCAGAGGAAGAUGCGCAAACGCGAAGGCGCGAGCGGCGUGCUCAUGAUCGAGCCGCGCGCUCUGGAGUCGCGGUGACGCAAUAAAGCCCGGGCGGCGCACGCGCACUUCGCUCCUUGUCCGGGCGCGUUUGUGGGCGGCGGAGUGGGCCUGUCCAGGGCUCCCGACUCGCGGGUAGGGACCGUCACUUAGUGACCACUGUGGACGGGUGACUCAGCCAGCAGCCGGGCUCGGGAGGGCGCGAUAGGGCCUUGGCGGAAGGUGUCUGCGCGGCCCGCUCGCUGGGAACGCGGGGUGGGAGCCGGACUUGCCGCGGAGAGGGGAAGGGGCGCGCGGACGGCUAGCGGGGGGCAGGCAGUGGCAUUCUUGUCCCAAGCGACCGAGGACCAAGUCGGGGAGGCCACGAAAGCUUGGGCGCUCGGUGAUGGAGGGUGCGGUGAGGCGGGCAGGCGGACGGGGUCGGGGACCUUGCUCCUGGCUCCCCCUGACUUAGAGGCGCGGCGCGGGCCGGAGGGGUUUCAGCCUCAGUCCAGAGUCAGUAAGUUUGACUCGGCUUUCUCGAACGUGAGCGCAGCCGCUCCCACCUGGCUGUGUGGUAUUUGGGGAGUCGCUUCUCUAUUACAGGCCUUUUUCUCCUCCGUAGUCUCCCCCAGAGUACAAACAAGCACUCUCCAGGGCAAAACCUGUACACAGAUAGGAUUUGCUCCACCCACGUUGCUUAAAAAUUUUGCAUUCGUUGCCAACACUUAAGAAUUC